AUGAACUUACUCCCACUCGCCCGCCACGCUUGUGCCCUACGACGGGUCCAGCCUGCGCAACGGUCCCGACAUCUCCACACUGUAGUCCACCCUCCUCGAACGGCGGUGGAUGAAGCCGUUGUGGUACCAAAUAUCAGCCUUCGCUUCUCCCAUGCACCCCGUCGCGGUGCUGGAGUCGCCGCUGCAGUGGGGUUGGGCCUCGGUGCAGGUAUGACGAUGUUCAUGGCGCGGACAGCACUGCUAGAACCUUCUCCACCUGGUACAUCGACUCCGACCAAUGCUUCGACCAACGUACCGGCAAACGCCUACGAUCCUAAUACACCCCUACCGGAGCCGAAAGGCAUAGCGAAUCCAUAUGAACUAUCAUUUGGCGCGAUAUGCGGAAUUUGCGCGGGGGUAUUCGUCAAAAAGGGUCUCAAGGCAGCCGCUUUUCUACUCGGGGGAGUAUUCGUCUUACUACAGUACUUUAACCGACUUUCCUGGAUCAAGGUGGACUGGAACAGUGCAGGUAAUCGCUUCCAGCAAACGCUUUACGGUUCAGACGGGCGUGCACCGACGAUUCAGACCGCUUUCCAGUGGCUGCUAAACUUUGUGAUGGCAGACUUUCAGCCCAGAGCGUCGUUCAUCGCGGGCUUUGUGUUGGGCUUGCGGGUUGGGUGA